GGUGACAAUUCAGUUUUGAGCCGGUGCUUGUUGAGAAAUAUUAAUAAACAGUUAAACUUAGUAAGUUUUUAAAAUAAUAAAGAUACAUUAUUCGGAUAUUCGGCAUUAGAACUUCUAAAGGGAAUCAAAUGCGAUAAUAACGAAAUUCAUUAAUAAAACACUGUAACAAAUAAUUUUGAGCGUUGCAGUCAUAAAUAAAAAUUAAUUAAGUUAAAAUUUACUUCAUAUGAACAAGGGAACGAGUAACGAAAUAAAUUAUCAAUUUGAUACCUAUUGUUUGGAUCGUCUCGUUUCAUCAUCUCUGUUAUCUUACGUUCAGAUCAAGAUAAGUUUUCUUGAUACCUAAAGAUACUAUUACCAAAAAUGAAGAAGGUCGUGAUUUUUGGUUCGACUGGCGUGAUCGGCUUGAACGCUGUUGAGGCGGCACUUAAAAAAGGCCUAGAAGUACGAGCGUUCGUACGUGACCCAGCAAAACUCCCAGAACAUCUUAAAGACAAGGUCGAGAUAGUCAAAGGAAAUGUUCUCGAACCAGACUCGGUACAUGAGGCCGUCGAAGGAACAGACGCUGUCGUCAUCACCCUAGGGACUAGGAACGACCUGGCGCCGACUUCGGAUUUAUCUGAAGGAACCAAAAACAUAAUAGACGCGAUGAGAGCGAAGAACGUUAAGACGGUGUCGGCUUGUUUAUCGGCGUUCUUAUUUUAUGAACAAGAAAAGGUGCCGCCGAUCUUCGUCAAUUUGAACGAAGACCACAAGAGAAUGUUCCAGGCUCUGAAAGACAGCGGCUUAAAUUGGAUCGCCGCGUUUCCGCCACACUUCACAGACGACCCAAGCCGAGAAAUGAUUAUUGAAGUGAACCCUGAGAAGACACCGGGCAGGACCAUUGCCAAGUGCGACCUCGGCACAUUCCUAGUGGACGCGCUUUCCGAACCCAAGUACUACAAGGCAGUCAUUGGCAUCUGCAAUGUGCCCAAAGAAUGAAGGAACCUAUAGUCGUUAUUAGUUUAAUAUAUCCAAUAUGUCGUAAGGUUAAAAGGAUAUUUUUACAUUUUUUUCCUUGUAAUUUUUUCUAUAUACGAUCAAAUAUUUAAAUGUUAUCCUAAGUGCUCACUUAUUGCCACUUGCUUAGAUGCAAGAUUUAUUAUAAUAUACUAUAGGGAUAAUGGAAAAUGCAAUGUUUCAAAUAAAGUUAUUUUACUGUU